AUGAAUAGAAAUAUUAAUCCGCAUUGGUUUGAGGUGGAAGACGUGACAAAGGGUAUAGAGGAGGAGAUUAAAUGGUUUUGGGCUACAAACAAAGGUUCGGCCGAUAUAUUUAUGGUUUGGGAUGCUAUGAAAGCAUAUUUGAGGGGGAUUUUGUCCCGAAAUAUAACCCAGUUUAGGAGGAAAGUAAGGAAGAAAGAAGAUGACUUGGUAGAUCAGAUAAAAAAAUUGGAGGAAGUUUAUGCAACUGAUGCCAGAGAUGAGAACUGGGGAAAACUGGAACAAGCGCAAAAAGAAUAUAAAGAGUUAAUGCUUGAGAAGGCACAACAUAGGAUUUUUUUCUGGGGACAAAAACGCUAUGCGGAAGGGGGGAAAUCCAAUAAGUGGCUCUCUGGAAUAAUAAAAAAUCAAAGGGAAAAUACGGAAAUUACUAAUUUAGAAAAUAAGCUGGGAUUAAUAGUAACAGAUCAAGAGGAGAUAAGGAAGAUAGCGAUGGAGUAUUAUCAAACAUUAUAUGAAUCUGAAGGGGUAAAAUCAGAAUCGGAGAUUAAAACAUUCUUACAAAAUUUAGUUCAGCCAAGUUUAAAUGAGGAGGGGAAGAGGAAAAUGAAUGAGGGGAUUAGCCUGGGGGAAGUCCAAGAAGCAUUGAGAACAUGUGCGGGGAAUUCUGUCCCAGGGUCUGAUGGGUUCUCAUUUGAUUUUUAUAAAAGAUUUCAUGGGUCUCUGUUGCCUUGCUUGUUGGAGAUUAUUAAUGAAUCCUUGGAAAGAGGGGCUAUGACCCCUUCAAUGUCUGAAGCAGUGAUAAUAUUGAUCCCCAAGAAGGGGGGCAACAGGGAAAAGAUGGAGAAUUACGGUCCUAUAUCACUAUUGAAUACGGAUUACAAAAUUUUUGCAAAAUUAUGGGCAGGAAGAUUAAAAAAGGUUUUGGGAAUGAAAAUUAAUUGGCAGAAGUCCGGACUCAUGCCUUUGGAUGAAGAAAUUGAGGUCCCUAUUGGCCCUGUAAAAGUACUAAGACUUAAUGAUAGUUUGGAAUAUCUGGGUGUUAAGAUCUCUAGCGCUGUCUUGGAUUUUGAGAGAUUAAAUUUGGUACCUCUGUUGGGGAAGAAGCUCCUCAACUUCUGCUCAGAUGUUCUUUCCCCUGGUGACAAGAUGGAGGUUCCAAUCACCUUCUAUCCCCGCGCAGCCAUCUUGUAUCAAGAAACUGUUGUCUUUAAAAUGAAUGGCCAUUUCACGCAGCUCGUUCAACUCCAGGGUCACGGGAUCGAAAUGAAGAUUGAAGUGGCUGAUCCCAAAUAUAAAGUUAUCAACUUUGGAGCUGUUAACAUUGGCCAAACUGUGAAAAGGGUUAUCCCCAUUGUGAAUAAGAGCCUUUCACCUGUAACUUGCUCUCUGCACUUUAGCCCGAGUGUCCCUGCAUUGCAAGAACCCAAGGUCCUAAGUCUUUCCCCCAAUUGUGAGAUAACACUUUCUGCCCAUAAUGGGCUGUGUAAGCUGGAAAUGCAGUUUACCCCUCGGAGUAGGAUUGCCCCAUUUGCUGAAGAGGUGAUGCUGGGGUGCUAUGGCAUGAUGCAUUCACUCUUUGUGGUUCAAGGCUGCAGCCAGGGCCUAGAACUCAACUUGGACCAGGAGUAUAUGUCCUUCGGGGCUGUGGUGCUGCAUAGCCAAGCAACUCGUAGGGUUGUCCUAAGUAACACAGGAGAGCUGGGAAUCAGGUUUGAGUGGGAUAUAAAAAGGUUUGAACCAGACUUCUCCAUUUGGCCGACGUCUGGUUACAUCACGGCUGGCACAGAGGUCACAUUUGAUGUUGUCUUUCACCCCACUGAAAUUAACUCUGACAUUCACUAUGAGGACCUGCUUUGCUUCAUUGAAGGAGGCAAAACAUUAAAACUGACACUUUCAGGAUCCUGUAUCGGGCUCCCAUCCACAAAGGAGGUUGUCAACUUUCAGUGUCAAGUGCGAACUAAACAGACACAAACCAUUACUUUGAGCAACAAAACAAACCAGACCUGGCAUUUGCAACCAGUCAUUGAUGGAGAGCACUGGAGUGGAGUGGAGUUCAUCAUUGUGGAGGCUCAGCAGAAUAAGCCCUAUGAGAUCACCUAUCAUCCGCUCAUCAUGAGCCUUAAGGGCAGGAAACAUCAGGGCUCAAUCUUUUUCCCAAUGCCGGAUGGGACAGGAUUACUGUAUCUCCUGCACGGUCAGGCUGAACCUCCUAAAUCCUCUGGUAAUGUGAUCAGAGAGGUCCCAUGCAAAACAUCAUACACUGAACUGCUGACAGUCAGUAACUGGCUGCACAAAACUCAAAGGUUUCGUGCUAUUAUUGAGAUCCUGAAGCCAGAACGUCUGGACAGUGCUACCACUAUCAAGGGUCUGGACUAUGUGGAGGUGCCAGGAGGAGCCAAGAGAGACUACAAAUUAAAUUUCCACUCUCACAAAGAGGGCAACUUUUCAACUAAGGUGACCUUCCGUAAUGAGACAACACAAGAAUACAUGUUCUAUUACAUUACAUUUAAAUCCACUCCCCCUGGCAUCAUCAGCACCAUAGAACUAGUGACACUGGUGCGCCAGAGUACUGCAGCCACCCUGCGUGUGGAGAAUCCACUGUCUGUGCCAGUCACCUUCACCACGGACUGCAAAGUACCAGAAAUUAACCUUCCCCCACAGAUCACGGUGCCAGCCCAGUCUGAGGUAACCUAG